CGUUCCACCCACUAGGCAAGUUUGCCCUUCUCCUCUUUGGGAGGUGCCUGGGGACGCCGGUGAGGGCGAUGGCUGCUCUGUGGCCCUUUAUCCUGGUGGCUGCCUCAGGAAUCCUAGCCUCAGAUACACCUCACCCCAGAAGCUCUGCCCUGCAUCAUCUCACCAAGCAGCUGUUACAGAAAUAUCGCAAGGGGGUGAGGCCGGUUCACAACUGGACCGAGGCCACCACUGUGUACCUGGACAUUUCUGUUUGUGCAGUACUGGAUGUGGAUGCACAGAAUCAAAAAUUGAAGACAAGUAUAUGGUACCAUGAGGUUUGGGAUGAUGGGUUCUUGUCCUGGAACUCCAGCAUGUUUGAUGAGAUUAGAGAGAUCUCCCUACCUCUAAGUGCCAUCUGGGCUCCUGAUAUCAUCAUUAAUGAGUUUGUGGACAGUGAAAGGUCACCCGACCUUCCCUAUGUUUAUGUGAACUCAUCUGGGACCAUUAAGAACUCUAAGCCCAUCCAGGUGGUCUCCGCAUGCAGUUUAGAGACAUACACCUUUCCAUUUGAUAUCCAGAACUGCAGCCUCACCUUCAGGAGCAUUCUGCACACAGUGGAAGAUGUAGACCUGGCCUUCCUGAGGAGCAGAGAAGACAUUAAGCAUGACAAAAAGGCAUUUUUGAAUGAUAGCGAGUGGGAACUUCUUUCUGUGUCCUCAGCCUAUGACAUUCUGCAGAGCAACGCUGGAGAUUUUGCACAGAUUCAGUAUAAUGUCGUGAUUCGCCGGCGCCCACUGGACUAUGUCGUGAGCCUGCUGAUUCCCAGCGUCUUCCUGAUGCUCGUGGACCUGGGGAGCUUCUUCCUACCACCCACCUGCCGCGCCAGGAUUGUGUUCAAGACCAGUGUGCUGGUGGGCUACACCGUGUUCAGGGUCAACGUGUCUGCCAAGAUGCCGAGGAGCUCAGUGCACACCCCUCUGAUCGGCGUCUUCUUCGCAGUCUGUAUGGCCUUCUUGGUUCUCAGCCUGUCGGAAACCAUCCUGUUGGUCAGAUUCCUCCACGAUGGGCAGGGAAGUGGGCAGGAGUGGCCCCUCUGGUGCCUUCGAGGGCACACCGAUUCCGAUGAGCCCAGGAUGGAUCCUGGGGCCCAGCGCGCUGGGGUAACAGAGUCCCGCCUCUCUCAGGAGCACCAGGACCCAUCGGGGACCCUGGAGGAAGCCUGGCCCCAGCUCAGAUCCAUCAGCAGCUCCUUCCAAACCCGAGACCAGGCCCACCGACGGGAGGUGGGGUGGCUGGCCCUCCUGGAGCGCUUCGACCGCCUGCUCUUCCGAGGCUACCUGGCGGUGCUGGGGCUCUACGCCGUCACCCUGUGCUCCCUCUGGGCGCUGUGGAGCCGCUUGUGACCGGGGAGCUUGCUGGUCGCACUGAAUGCUCUCGCCGCAUUUGGGGAGGGCUGAGCGUGUGUGGGAAGUUUGGGGAGGGAGGAGUGGUGGGGUAACCGCCCCCCUUGCCUCUGUCCAAUCACUGCUCACACCUGAGCAGCUUCCGAGGGACUCAGGAGAGACUCACCACCGCAAACAGGUGGGACGGGGGGAGCUGGGAGAGGGGAGCCGGGCCUCUCACCCUGCCUCCCCCUCAGAGUGACCGCCAUCAGCAGUCGCCUUCAGAGCACUAUAGGCACACGCGCGUGCGUGCACACGCACACGCACACGCACACACACACACGCGCACACACACACGUUGUCAUAGAUUUAAGAAGUGUAAGUUGUCUCUGUCUC